CACACAACAAUAAUGAAUGGAAACACGUCGUAGCCAAGAAAGUUGAGAAGCAACUUAAAGUAACUGUUACUCGGCAUUUGCAAAAUUGUCUGUCGCGAGGGGAAAAUCCGUAUGAAGUAAUGGAGUGCCCAGGCAAAUUAGAAACUACUUUCUGGAAGAGAAAGCAUCUGCACUUUGAUUGUUACUUUUGAAAGUAUUUCAACGUUUUUGAAGGGACGCUACUGUGGAGCACACUGUAAACCCCCUAAACGCGUGAGCAAAGUGUAAAUGGCAUUUUGGGACAGUGAUACGAGGCUACUGCACUGUCAGCGCUUUAUCUCGUUUCGAGGAAAUAGAUUAUUUGGAUUAAUCCGUUAAGGAAAUUGUUGGAAUAUUUUUUUUUUUUUGUUGAGAUUUCUUUUAUCUUUGUUUUGCCUGGAUUAUCACCACUGGAGGAAACCUAAAGGAUCCAAGUUGACCGGAGGACACAGCACAUCUGGAGGAAAAUGGGUAAUAUAGAAAGUGUGGACGGCCAGUCGGAGAUGAAGCAUCACAUCAUGCCUCUAAAGGUUCCCAUGCCCGAACCCACCGAGCUGGAGGAGAAAUUUGCCAUUGUUUUGAAUUCUAUGAACCUGCCUCCAGACAAAGCGCGGCUCCUCAGGCAGUAUGACAAUGAGAAGAAGUGGGACCUGAUCUGCGACCAGGAGAGGUUUCAGGUGAAGAAUCCGCCUCACACCUACAUCCAGAAGCUACGAGGAUACUUAGACCCCGGAGUCACUCGAAAGAAGUUUCGCAGACGGGUCCAGGAAUCUACAAAAGUCUUGAGGGAGCUGGAGAUCUCACUGAGGACAAACCACAUUGGGUGGGUCAGGGAGUUCCUCAAUGAUGAGAACAGAGGUCUUGACGUCCUGGUGGAGUACCUCUCCUUUGCCCAGUGUGCUGUCAUGUUUGAUUAUGAGGGGCUGGAGAAUGGGGAGGAUGGCUUCUUGGAUAAGGCAAAAUCUUGGAGCAGGUCCAUAGAGGAUCUGCACCAUUCCAGCACCCAACCCUUCUGCAACACACUGGUGCGCUCUGCCCGUCAGUCUGUCCUCCGCUAUGGCACGGUUUCCAACACCAAAACCAUCAAGAACUCCCGCCUUGUGAGCCAAAAAGAUGAUGUGCAUGUGUGCAUCAUGUGCUUGAGAGCAAUCAUGAAUUAUCAGUAUGGCUUCAAUAUGGUCAUGUCUCACGCACACGCAGUCAAUGAAAUUGCUCUCAGCUUGAACAAUAAGAACUCACGGACAAAAGCCUUGGUCCUCGAGCUGCUGGCUGCCGUCUGUCUAGUUCGAGGAGGUCAUGAGAUCAUCCUCUCAGCAUUUGACAACUUCAAAGAGGUGUGUAAGGAGAAGCAUCGCUUUGAGAGACUGAUGGAUUACUUCCGCAUUGAGGAGGGAAACAUCGACUACAUGGUUGCUUGCAUGCAGUUCAUCAACAUUGUGGUGCACUCGGUGGAGGACAUGAACUUCAGAGUCCACCUACAGUAUGAAUUCACCAAGCUUGGACUGGAUGAUUACCUGGAGAAAUGUAAACACACAGAGAGUGACAAGCUGUCGGUGCAGAUCCAGGCCUACCUGGAUAACGUGUUUGACGUGGGUGGUCUAUUGGAAGAUGCAGAGACGAAGAAUGCUGCUCUGGAAAAGGUGGAUGAACUGGAGGAGCACCUGUCCCACGUGACGGAGAAGCUGCUGGAGGUUGAGAAUGAAACAAUGAUGAAAGUAGCUGAUCUUGAGAAGGUGCUCCUGCAGAAAGAUAAGGACCUGCAUGCAAUAAGGGAGACGUACGAGUCGACCAACACCCAGGUCACCACACUGAGGAGGGUGAUCAAGGAGAAGGAUGCAGCCUCCCAGAGGCACUUCAACAUUGAGAGGAGGCUGCUGGAGCUCGAGCAGCAAGGCACCAUCCGUUUGCACAAGAAGGCCGAUGGAGAUAUUGCCAUCGAGCCGCUGGGUGUUGGGGGUGGUGUUGGUGGCCUUGGAAUCCCACUGGGGGACAUUAGGCAGCUGUCUUUGGGUUCAACAGCUGGGUUUACCGAACCGGGAGGACCAGACACAAGUUUACCACCAGCCAGUGAAGCCCCUCCCCCUCCUCCUCCACCUCCACCACCUCCUCCCCCUCUUCCCUCAGCCUUAGGCCACUGUGCACCAGUCCCACCACCGCCACCUCUCGCUCCACCUCUGCCUGGAGCUUCUCCAUCAGUUAUCCUGAGUUUGGGUCUCUCAGCUAUCAGAAUCAAGAAGCCCAUCAAGACCAAGUUCCGCCUUCCAGUGUUUAACUGGACAGCCUUGAAGCCCAAUCAGAUCAACGGCACAGUCUUCAACGAGAUUGAUGAUGAACGUGUGCUUGAGGAGCUGGAUCUGGAAAGGUUUGAGGAGAUGUUUAAGACCAGAGCCCAGGGUCCCAUCGUGGAUCUUUCCUGCACAAAGAGCAAAGUAGCCCAGAAGGCGGUAAACAAAGUCACCCUCCUGGACGCCAAUCGCUCCAAGAACUUAGCCAUCACACUGCGAAAGGCACACAAGACCACAGAGGAGAUCUGCAAAGCAAUCGAGAAGUUUGACCUCAAGGCCUUACCUGUCGACUUUGUGGAGUGUCUGAUGCGUUUCCUUCCCACGGAGAAUGAGGUGAAGGUGUUUCGCCAGUACGAGCGUGAGCGGCGUCCACCGGACCAGCUGGCGGACGAAGAUCGGUUCAUGUUGUCGUUCAGCAAGAUUGAGAGGCUCACGCAGAGAAUGAACAUCAUCACUUUUGUCGGGAACUUUACUGACAACAUCAACAUGCUCAUUCCCCAGCUCAAUGCAGUCAUUGCUGCUUCUGCCUCAGUGAAAUCUGCACCAAAGCUAAAAAGAGUGCUUGAGAUUAUUUUAGCCUUGGGAAAUUACAUGAACAGCAGCAAGCGAGGCUGCGUUUAUGGCUUCAAAUUACAGAGUCUGGAUCUGCUGCUGGACACUAAGUCUACAGACAGAAAGAUGACGUUGCUCCACUACAUAGCUCUCAUUUUGAAAGAGAAGUACCCUGAACUGGCCAACUUCUACAACGAACUGCACUUUGUGGAUAAAGCUGCAGCAGUAUCUCUGGAAAAUGUGCUGCUGGAUGUCCGAGAGCUGGGGAAAGGCAUGGACCUGAUCCGGAGAGAGUGUGCUCUCCAUGACCAUUCAGUCCUGAAAGGCUUCGUCCAGGCCAGCGACACACAGCUUGACAAGCUGCAGAAGGACGCCAAGACAGCAGAGGAAACCUUCAACAAUGUGGUGAACUACUUCGGAGAGAGUGCCAAGACAACUCCGCCCUCUGUGUUCUUCCCCGUGUUUGUGCGCUUCAUCAGGGCCUACAAGGAUGCCAUGGAACAAAACGAACAGAGGAAAAAGCAGGAGGAAGCAAUGAGAGAAAAGUUACUGGCUCAGGAGGCCAAACAGCAGGACCCCAAGGUCCAGGCCGUAAAGAAGAGACAGCAGCAGCAUGAGCUGAUCACAGAGCUGCGCAAGCGGCAAGCCAAAGACCACCGUCCAGUUUAUGAGGGCAAAGAUGGCACCAUCGAGGACAUCAUCACAGUACUGAAGAGCGUGCCCUUCACAGCCCGCACUGCUAAACGCGGCUCACGGUUCUUCUGUGAAGCCAACCUCUGUGACGACGCCAACUGCUAGCCCCUCCCCCCUAAUGCCAAGGUUAUUCAAGAUCUCCGAAACCAGCCUUUCCUGCGAGCUGAUGCGUUGAUCCGGAGCGGUUGGAAAAGACCCUAAACCACUUAUUGGUCACUUAUACUCCCCUCCCCACUAUAACCCCCCACCCUGUGUCCCGAUGGUCUAUCUCAACCCUGAGGCUGCAGAUCACAAAGACUGAAAGGAGGGACAGGACAGAGCCCUUGUUAUAGCUGGGUAAUUUAUUUAUUUAUGGAGGACCUUUACAGCCACUUUAAGUGAGCAGGCAACAUUACAGAAGCACAAUGGGUUACUCCUGUCUCACUGCAAACACAAGACUUUCCCUGCCCUGUUGCCACGGAGAACCAGGAGGGCAACUACAUAACAGGUGAGGUGAGUUGAGAACUGACGGACCACAAAGCAGGAGGAACUUUGUUUUCGCUAACAAAGCGGCUGCCAACAUGUGGAUCUUAUUCCCAAGACCGUUAAUUUCCUCAGAUUAUGCAGUCGUAGCAGGACUUAGACUGGAAGUCAGCCAAGGGAAGAUGCCAACUCUGCUGCUGGGAUGAUUGUCCUGAAGAAAAAUGCAAAACAUUCCUACAAAUAACAGAGAAGUUUAAUAUUAUAAUGAAACAUUUGGGGACUGUUUCCAAAAACCAAUCAAGACUAAAUAUUGACUAUUUAGAUUUCAAUCACAUUUUCAAUAAGGAAAACCAUCAAUUCUGCUGGUUCUUUUGGACAAGCUAGUCAAACCAAAAUGUCUCCAAUGCCUCAUGUUUUGCUUAAGAAGUGCCUUUUUUUUGUGUAAACAGUGUUAUUUCUCUUGAAGCAGCCAUAAUUUGUUCAUUUACAGCUUUCAUUUGUUUUUUCGAAGAUUGUAUUUUGUAUUGCCUUGUUUUAUAACAUUAGUCUUAUAAUACUGACGACAAUAUGCAGAUGUUUAUAUUUCCAGCUUUAAAGUCAUACAACAACUAGACGGUAAGGGGAAUGAUGCUUUUACGAUUACUCUUUAAUUUACCUCUGGUUCAUCAGUGUCUUAAAGCUAAUUAUGAUUUGUAUUUCUUUGUGCCUUGUCCAAGUAAUUCUUAAAAACUGAAUCAAUGCCUUGACAACACUUUCUGUCAUUUGGGAAGUGACAAAUGUAUGAAGAAGAUUCCAAAUGGACUGCUGAUUAAGGGCCCUGGUGAUGUUAACCUGCUAUUGAUGUGGUGGUGGAUGAAGGAUGGUUCUAUUCCUACGAGGUCUUAUGUUUUAAAAUUUUAUUCAAUCUCCUCUGUUUUAAUAGAGAUGCAAUUUCGCCGAACAGCUGUUGAGGAAUCCAUCUUUACACUACUUAAUUUGGCUCAACAUUGUAUGAGACACUAUUCUUUAAGUGGAAAUUUAUAUUACUGUACAUUCAAAUCAAGAAAUUUACUUUUUAGAAGAAAUUGUCCAUGAUAUUGACACUUCCUGUUUAAUAAAUAAG